AUUUAUUCAGUUGGUAGCAUACAUUGAGCGUACUGAAGUAAAAAGACUGAAUAAUCCUUCAGACCCAUCUGCACCAUGAACGCCUUUCUAGCGCUCGCUGUUUCGUGUGUCCUGCUUUGCACCGCCUUAGCCGUGCCAAAGAAAGGCCAUGGAGGUGGUUACGGCGGUGGUUACGGCGAUGGUUAUGGCGGUUACGGUGGUUAUGGCGGUAGCUACGGGGGCGAUGGUGGUUACUUAAGCAGCUACGGCGGUGGAUACGGAGACGGUGGUUAUGGCGGUGGAUAUGGCGGUGGAUAUGGCGGUGGAUAUGGCGGUGGAUAUGGCGGUGGAUAUGGCGGUGGCUUCGAUGGUGGCGUCGGAUUCGGCGGUGGAUAUGGAGGAUCAUAUGGAGGCGGAUACGGCGGAGGAUAUGGAGGAGGCGGAUACGGUGGAUGGGGCGGCUUUGGCAUGCAAGCCCAAUGCAAGUGUGCGCCUAAAUGUGGAAAGUUCCAGAAGUUUGUUGGUAGAUGCCCCUGGUGCAAAAAGGGAUGCAAGCUCGUCUUCUGCUGCAGGAGGAAGAACACCAAGUAUUAGACGCGAUACAACGGAGACCGACGGAUUCCACUACAUCGACAACAUACUCAAAUAUUAUGUGAAAAUGUAAAAUAAAGCAUUUAAAAAUCUGA